AUGUUUGCCUUAGGGUUUAUGGCUGAAACGGGGGCAUCCCGCUGUGCCGCGCACUUUGGCAGGGUGCUUGAUCGUCUGCAAUUCCAAGCUUCCGCUUGGACCGUUAUUCACCAGGCCGGAGAAACACCGUACUGCAGCAAUGCUUCGCUACGCCUCGGACAACAUGCCAAACGGCGCUGAUGCUAAGUUCCUGAUGGACAGCAACUUUACCAGGCAGUCGGGCCUGGCACCGCGUCAAAUUUUCCGCAAUCUGCCACCGUCACAGCUUUAUGAGAUGGCCUUGGCCUUCGAGCCUGGGACUCACAUCACAUCUACUGGCGCGCUGGCAACUCUGUCAGGCGAGAAGAUGGGCCGCAGCCCGAAGGACAAGCGUAUCGUGCGUGACCCCGAGACCGAGAAGGACCUUUGGUGGGGCCCUUACUCGCCAAACUACGUCAUGGAUGACAGGACCUUCCUGACCAACCGAGAGCGCGCCGUCGACUAUUUGAACACACUUGACCGCAUCUACAUCGUGGAUGCAUUUGCCAACUGGGACCCCGCUUCGCGCCUCAAGAUCCGCGUCGUGACCAGCCGGGCCUAUCAUGCACUGUUCAUGCAUAAUAUGCUCAUCCGGCCGACUCCUGAGGAACUUGAGGACUUUGGGGAGCCAGACUUUGUGAUCUACAAUGCGGGCGCCUUCCCCGCUAACAAGUAUACGAACUUUAUGACGAGCCAGACGUCCAUCGACUUGUGUCUGAAGCACAAGGAGAUGGUCAUUUUGGGGACCAUGUACGCGGGCGAGAUGAAGAAGGGAGUGUUCACGUUGAUGCACUACCUGAUGCCCAUGCAGGGCAAGCUGUCCCUUCACUCGGGCUGCAACGUGGGCGCGGAGGGAGAUGUGACGUUGUUCUUCGGACUGAGUGGCACCGGCAAGACCACCUUAUCGGCGGACCCGAAGCGGCCUCUGAUUGGCGAUGAUGAACACGUUUGGUGCGACACCGGCGUGUUCAAUAUCGAGGGCGGCUGCUACGCCAAGUGCAUCGGGCUGAAGAAAGAAACCGAGCCCGAGAUCUGGAAUGCCAUCCGUUUCGGCACUGUGUUGGAAAAUGUGGACUACGACCCGGACUCUCGCCUUGUGGACUAUGACUCUCAACGACUAACGGAAAACACGCGCGCCUCGUACCCUAUCGAGUAUAUUUCCAAUGCGCACGUUCCCUGCGUUGGCGGCCACCCCAAGAACGUCAUCCUGCUCGCGUGCGACGCCUUCGGAGUCCUUCCGCCCGUCAGCCGACUCUCACUAGAACAGGCCAUGUACCACUUCAUCAGCGGAUACACGGCCAAGGUUGCCGGCACUGAGGUUGGUGUUAAGGAGCCCACGGCGACCUUCAGUGCUUGCUUUGGCUCGGCCUUCCUCAUGCUACACCCGUACAAGUACGCCACCAUGUUGGCUGACAAGAUGUCGAAGCACGGCACUCACGCCUGGUUGGUCAACACGGGCUGGACUGGCGGCAAGUACGGCGUCGGCAAGCGCAUCAGCCUGAAGUACACUCGCGCCAUCAUUGACGCCAUCCACACCGGGGAGCUGGAGAAGGCCGAGUACGUCUCGACCCCCAUCUUUGGACUUCAGGUGCCCGUGUCCGUGAGCGGUGUACCGCCGGAGAUUCUGAGUCCCGAGAGCGUGUGGCCCAACAAGAACGAGUUCGCGACCACAUUGAAUCACCUGGGGCACAUGUUCGUGAAGAACUUCGAAUGCUUCAGCGACGGCGACUCUUUUGUUGGUGCGGAGAUGGCGUCUCGCAUCCUCACCGGCGGCCCCUCCCCUCUUCCGGAGGAUCAUGUGGCCAAGACCGGCUUCGGAGCAAUCAUCUCGGCUGCCGCAACGGCACCCGCAAUCCAGGCCUAAUAGUAUCUAUGUGCGUAUGUAUGUCAUGGCUUGAAAAACGCGGCCUUCGGCGAUUAGGCAGGAAGGAAGCGGCUAAGGAAUAUGUGUUUUUUGGGGGGUUGGGAAUUCUGGGGGGGGUUUGGAGCAUGUUUUAUGGUCGUUGCCGCGAACGAGGGGAGUGACAGUUGCCUCCAGUCCCUCCGGAGGAAGGAACUUGAGGUGUCGUUGCGCAGAGGUGAGGGGUUUGUUUGUGCACGGCUUGUUCUUGUCUAGGUGUGUGUAAUAAUAUUCUUGCGAUCUUUUGAGGUGUAAGGUUAUACACUUGGGAGUAGGAAUGUCUUGUUCUCGGACUGCACUUUUCAUUUGUCUUUUUUCAAUAAUGCAGAUGGCCUGGGCUUUGUAGGCUUUGUUACUCGCCAUUGGAGUGGGGACCCUGUUACAUUUUGUUGUGCGGUUCGCUGUUUUAUUUGUCACUUCUCGGUUUUGUUUGGCACCGCACUGCUCUCUAUUUUAACGAGCGACUACUGGGCGGUUGUACUACAACGAUAUCAUUAACACACUUGGCAAUGAUGUUAAUGGUCUUAUACGAACCUUGCCAAAUCGACAUAUCUUGUAAACGUAAUGGGAUUC